GGAACCUCAUCGAAGAAGAAGAAGAAGAAAGUAGAAAAAAGGGAGAAACAAUGGAAGCUCCGAAGCCGAUCCAACAUGAAAUCGGAGGGAUUCAGAAGGACGCGCUCCGAUUCGGUCUCAACGGUGUCAAGAGUGACCUCGUUGGAUCUCAUCCUCUCGAAAUCGCCUAUGAAUCGGCGAGGAAGAAUCACGAGGAGAUGAAGAAGAGAAUCCUAGCUAACACCUAUGGGAGUGCAUUUCCAUUGAAAAUGGAUAUGGAUAGGCAAAUUCUUUCACGCUUUCAAAGGCCUCCAGGGGCAAUCCCUUCCUCGAUGUUAGGCCUAGAAGCCAUGACUGGACGCUUGGAAAAUUUUGGAUUCGAGGAUUACUUGAAUGAUCCACAACAAUCUGAGACUUUCAAGCCUCCGAACGUGCACCAUGGCAUGGAAGUACGGCUAGGCCUCUCCAAGGGACCAGUGUGCCCAAGCUUUAUCUGAUUUGAACCCCUACUUCAACUCCUUGAAUGUAUUGGAUGAAAAUGUUAAAUGGCGAUGGAUAUUUAUUCUUGUCUGACUCAAGAAUUUGAUUGCAUGGCAUGAUGUCGCCUCCGUUCUCGCUUGUUCUUUCAUGAAAUUUCAUGUUACUCUGCUUUUGAGAUUUGAUGGAGCCCUUUUCUUUCCUAUUUUACAAUAUGAAUCUUGUGGCUCAACUUCAUCAAUUAAGCUCCUUGUGUGAG